UGAGAGCCCUUAUGUGUUGGUACUAUGCGAACAGUUCGUUUAAUGAAAGAAAUUAUGUACCGUUAAUUUCCCGAGGGUCAUUAUGCCUACAUGGAUUCCUUAGAAAGCCAACUAUAAUGGCGGGUUGAAGCUUCCGAAAACUAGGUGUAAGUCAAGUUAUAAUAGAAUUAAAUAUGGAACAACAAUUCUGUCUCCGGUGGAACAAUCAUCAAAAGAAUCUGACAGACGUAUUAAGUGGCUUACUACAAAGAGAAGUUCUAGUAGAUGUAACUCUUGCUUGUGACGGUGAAACACUGAAGGCCCAUCAAACAAUUUUGUCAGCUUGUAGCCCGUAUUUUGAGAGUAUUUUCCUACAAAACACCCACCCUCACCCAAUAAUUUUCUUGAAAGGUGUGAAAUACUCCGAAAUGAAGGCUCUGUUGCAAUUUAUGUAUGAAGGUGAAGUUAAUGUAAGCCAGGACUUGCUUUCAAUGUUCUUGAAGACAGCUGAGGCACUUCAGAUACGCGGACUUGCUGACAGUGGAGUUUGUAAUAAAAUGUCUGAUAAUGUGCCAUCACCAGCAUUGAACUCACCAGCCAGAAAUUCUGAGCAUCAUAGUAGACCUAAUAGUCCACUUCCAGAUAAGAGAAAACGGAGGGCUUCUGGAAAUUGUGACGUGUCUGGAGCUACAAGUGAUCGAUUUCAUUCAGAUUCUCAGACAUCAUCACAGUGCAGUUACAAGUCCAGCCCUGCCUCAGUCCCAAAGUUAAACCCCAUAACACCUGACAUUGAAGAGGUUGUGGACAUACCACCGUCUCCUCCUUCUAUAAAGCAAGAGGUUGAUCCAAGUCAUUCAGAAUAUAAGGAGCCUUACAUGAACAUAGCAGACACGCUUUCCCUGCCGACAGCUGGAGUUGGCAUUCUGAACCCUAGUGACAUAAACUCUUUCCACGGACAAGGUUCUAUGGACACCAGUGACCAAGACCAGGGCUCUGCCUCACAAGAUACCUUGGAUGGCCUUGAUGUGGCAUCUGUCACUUUUCCAAACAACAUGGCAGAUUGCUAUGAUGUGGAUGUAGAACGCACUGAUGAACCGUGUGCAUCAACUUCAAACCUACCUUUUGGAAUGGGAGCAUAUGGCAAACCACAUGGCCCACCAAAUCCUGUUGCCAUGUUUUAUCCUCAGCUUUCUGGUUAUGAGAUCCACCCUCUGUUAAUGAAUCAGCGACGAAGGGCAGCUCACGACAAACAGCAAACUGAAAGUGGAACUGCAGAUAAAGAUUCAGCUUCAUUAGGCUUAGUGACAACACCAAUACACAAAGAAUUGAUGCGACACAGCUUUAAACAGAAGCAGAGGUGUCCAAAAAGAAGAGCCCCAAGCAAUGAUGACCCAGGAGAUCUCUCUACAACAUCUGGGAACACUUUUCCUCAAAGUGUCACAGGUUCUGAAGCAGAAGCUUCAGACUACUCAGCCAAAUCUCGGAAAUCUUUCUUCUGCAGAGCGUGUGGGAAAGCUUUCAAGUUUCAGACGUCACUCUUGCGUCACAACAACAAAGUCCACAUCAGCAAAUAUCAGUGUCCAACUUGCAGCCGCGUUUUCUCCCGACAGGCGUACCUUGAUGUGCACACUUCAAAACAAGGAAGCUCCUGUUACCUCGGUUCAGGCUUUACCAAUACCCCGAUUGCCAGUUCUCCAAAAUCAGACUCAUGUUCAAACAUGUCUAACAUUAAAUAAGGUUAUGAAAUGAAUUGGAGUUAAACCAAAAGUAGGAUGGCUGAUAUGUGAGUACGGAAGAUAUUGAUAGUAGAAUAUAUUACAAUUUAUGGGCUGUGACUGUUGAUGGUAUGAGAAUAGUUCCAGCCCCAAAGGAGGAUGUAAUGUGUAAAAUAAGAAAUGGUACGUUGUUUCUGAAGUGAAAAUCCAAUUGUACAGAACAAAGGCAUGUAGUUAAUAUAUAACAGACUGUACAUUUAUUCACAGGCCAUUAUUGUGGUAACCAGUGUAGCCUAACCUUUCGGUCUUCCCCUUUUUUCUAUUUAAAUAUAAAUGCCAUCCUUAAUUAGGUAUGGGUGGACUGUUGAGAACAUUGGUGUGACAGGAAAAUUUGCUUUACACACUUCUGUAAUAUAUUAUGGAUCAUAUAUUUUAUGCAAGAUUUGAUGCACAGCGGAAGUUAACCUCUAAAAACUAACUGCAUGGAGCAAAGUCCUUGAGAAGCUGAUGUGCUCAGCUAGUCAAGAAAUUUUCCACUUUUGGUGGAACAUGAAGGUUCGUUAUUGUGUUCAGAAGAACCCACCGCAAGUCUCUAUCCUGAGCUUGAUGAAUCCAGUCCACACCCAGCCUUAUUUCCCUGACAUCCAUUUUAAUAUUAUCCUCUGUAUGUACACACAGUUAUUUAAAGUGGUCUCUUCCUUUCAGUCUAUUUCAACCAAAUGUUUGUCAUUUCUCCCAAGUGUGUUACAUGCCCUGCCCAUCUCAUCCUUCUUUGCUUUAACCGUUCUGAUAAUCUUUAGUGAAGAUUACAAAAUAUGUAGCUACUCAUUAUGCAGUUUUCUUCUCUGUCCUGUCACUUCAUUCCUUUUGGGGCCAAACAUUGUUCUAACCAUCCUGUUCUCACACACUUGCAAUCUGUUUUCUUCCCUUAGCAUUAUAGACCAAGAUUCAUACCCAUACAAAACAACAGCUAAAUUAUAUUUUAGUUUAUGUUUUAGUUGCUUUAAAAUGGGGUGAAUGGAAACAAUUUUCCACUUUACAGAGCUCUAGCGAUGAAAUGAGAAAAGUAGCACAGCGUAUUGUUUUACAUAUAUGUUCAUGUAUGUGCCUAUGUGAAAACGCUACAUCUGGCAGUUUUGUAAUGCGAGUCAGGUUAUUAUGAAUAUAUAAAAAAUAUUCUGUUUAGAUCAAAGCUUGAUAGAGUUGGUGGAUAGAUGUGAGAAUAAGUUUUCUUCAGUUUGGAUCUUGUUUCCAGCAUGCCUGCUGAAAUAGGGUAAUGGAGUAGUCUUUACCCAUUUAUAUAUAUAUAUAUAUAUAAAUGGGUUAUAUAUAUAUAUAAAUCUGAUCUUGCAGACAAUGUUCUGUUAUAUUAUGUGCCCUUGUGGCAUCCUUCAUUACAAGAGUGAUGCAGCUUGUUGGCAUGGAGGAAAUGAAAUCAGAUCUCGCAACUGAAACUGUUUAUUGACCCCAUUCUACAGUAGCAAAUUCAGAGAUAAACUGUUCCCAACAGCACUGUAGUAAGCAUACCCAAACUUAAUAUCUUAAUUUCCUUACGAAUCAAAUUUUGAUUGUUUCCAAAAUAUUGGAAUUUUGCCAUAUUUUCAAAGCUGCUUUUAUAUGAUAGUUUUGACCUGCAGUGUAGUGACAAGACAUGAACAUGUACUUGGUUCUGUCCAUAUUUACUUCUCUACUAACAUCUGACACAGCUUCUGUGUUUUUCUUUAUGAUAUGUACAUUUUACAUGUUUUUCAGUCACAUUUUCUUUUCUUGGAAAUUCCUGAUGGCAUGUUCUAAAGCAAGGUUGAAAAACAUUGGUAAUAAGACUUACUUAUCUCAGACCAUUCUAAAUAAAAUAUGCAUCAAAUAAAUGUUUACUUUUUGAACUUUAUUACAUGUUUUAGUUAAAUACAUUUGUAAUUAACCUAACUAGUUUUAUGGACUUAGUAAACUUGGUGAGAAUAUUGUCUUACUCCACUAAAUUGUUACCACCUUUAUGAAAGUGUUACUGAUUGAAAAGAAAAGUGUUCGCAAAUGUAAUUUACCUUCUAUGAUAUUUCGUUCCGUUGCCCUUCUCUAUCUAUGCAGAAAAGUUUGGUGUUAAAUGCUGAGUAAACAGCACAGUGAUACAUUUCUGCCAGUAUGCAGGCAGUGACUUGUGUUAUAUGCUGCUUUAAGUGAUCAAGAUUUUGUGGAUUUGCUGCAUAAACAUGAUCCUUUACCAUCUUCCAUGACCAGAAAUCACAAGGAGUUAAGGCCAGUCAUCUAGUAGACCAGACCAGAAAGCAACAUCUGCUCAUCCACCAGCAAGGGACUGUACCAUCCAGGUAAUUUUAAACUAGUAGCACAAAGUGGGGUGGUGCUCUAUCUUGCUGAAUGUAACGUGAAACAUGAAUGCUGAGUGGCAUGUUAUUCUCAGGAAUCUCAUGCAGUGUCUAUGAUGCAUCAUUAAUUGUUGCGUUUUAACAAAAAGUAGGCGCCCACGAUCUAAAAUUCCAAAACACCGCACUAAACAUUGACCUUUGAUAAUUGUCUUUUACAAACUCUGAUCACUCAUACAUUUUUAGUGCCGCAUACAACAUGGCUGUGUUAUGUGGAGGGUAACCUUAUUUGAGAAGAGAAUUUGUAUGUCAUUUAUAUUCAUGUUUCACAUUUCUGGCAAAAUAUUUAUAUAGUCCACAUGGUUACUUCAAUCUCUCUCAAUCAGUUUCUGUAUCGGCUGCUUCAGUCCUGAGUCCAAAGAAUUCUCAGGAUGUUGAGAUAGGAGGUUUUUAUAGCAGUGAGGAUGAUGAUGAUGAUCAUCAUCUGUGUAGAUUUGUCAGUCGAUGCCGACGUUUCUCUGAAACGUUGGUGUCUACUGAUGAGUCUCGGUAAAGAUGUUUGUGGGAUGCCUGUUUUGACUUGAUCUGCCAUCUCAUUUCUUUGGGCUGUUCCCAGCUUUCCUUUUUAUGUAGACAUUGUUAUUUUUUUUAUUGUAUUUCAUCAUGUUAUGACUCUGUUGAACUUCAAUAUUGAUUCUCAGUCAAUCACACAACAAUUUACAAUAAAUAACUUUCACUAUA